AUGUCCAAUGACUCCAACUAUGAUGUGGCAGUGGAACAGAAUACAGGCCUUUUAAAUGCUACUAUAUCUGGGGAUGACGUAGGGCUGCUGGACACAGUGAAAGUGUGUGUCCACGGGGGCAUCUUCCUGACCACCUUCUUCUUUACCUACCUCAUUGUGGUGACAGUGUUCCACACAGCCGAGCUCCGCCGCAAUGUCCGCUUCGUUCUGCUGUUCCAGCACUGUGCCUGUGUGACCAGCUUCAACGGCGUGGGCACCGUCCUGCACGGCCGCCGCGCCCUCCGCGUGCCCAUCAACCGCCUUACCUGCUGGGUCCUUUUUGACUUUCAGGUGGCUCUAGGCCGUGGCAUUGGCAUCACCCUCACCCUCAUGGCCAUCAACACCUGUCUGUCCAUCCUGAGGCCGCUCCACUACCCAACGCUAGUGCGUCGCAUUCGGUCUUCCGUCAUGGUGCUGGCUUGGUUGGAGCUGGACCCCGUGUGCUCCACCACGCUGGAGAGUCCCACAUCUCGGUUCAGCAGCCUGGCACUGGUGGUGUUAUUGAUACGUGCUCAUCUACAUGGAGGGCUGCCGGGGGGGCAUUUCUCCCGCUCCAACAGCAGCGGGUGCCGCACCAUCCCGAUCCACAUGCUACAGAUGAUCCUGUACCUGCUCCCUCUGGUGCCUCUGGUGCCCAUCAUCACCAGGUGGAAGCACAAUAUGGCCGCCACAGUGACCAACUUCGUGGUGUUCCUAGUGGGGCAGGCACUCAGCCCCGUGGUGUACGGCUUGCGUUGCCGGGAACUCCGGGAGCAGCUUUCCCGCUUCCUCCCCUGCUGGACAAAAGUUUUCCAAACCUGCACCACAGACCGCUCUAGUACAGAGACCCCCACUCAGCACUGGAACUGCAAUGAUCUCCAGAACCGCGACUAG